UCCUAAAUUAAACUGCUUAAAUGUUUUCCUUCAUAAUUUUUACUCGCAUUAAACCUUUUACUGUACAGAAACUCCCCUACUUACGAACAUUCGACAUGCCAACAUUCCAUACAUACGAACAAAUCUUUUAAAUACUUAAGUCAAAAAAAUUGUUUGAAAUAUGCUAGGAAACUUCAAAUUUCCCGCGCACAAAUAUAGUUCAUGAGUCUGCCACGCCAUGGCGCUGCUGAGCUCACUCAGCUGUGCGCAUCACUCCCCUGCCCUCCAGGCUCCCACCAUAAACACGAAAGCAUCUGUUCACUGUGUCCUCGUGUACCGCCAAUUUUUGUGCCAUAAUUCGCUUUACCUGUGCAUCAUUCCAUCAAAAAUGUCGGGUGUGAAGCGAAAAAUAAACGGUGAAGCCAGUGGAAGUGCCAAGAAACGUCAGGCUAUAACUUUAGAGGUGAAAAUGGACAUCAUAAAACGGCUUGAGAAAGGUGAGAAAAUGUCUGAUGUGGCACGAAAAUUUAAUAUGAAUCGGUCAACUGUAGGCACAAUUAUUAAGAACAAAGAAAAAAUAGUGGAACAUGGGAAAUCUGCAGUGCCCAUGCAAUCAACCAUCAUAUCGAAAAAGAGAGGGAAAGUGAUUGAGGAGAUGGAAAAACAUCUCGGCAUCUGGUUCGAGGACUGCAUCCAGAAACGGAAACAUCUAUGCCUUAUGAUGAUUCAAGAGAAGGCCCUGAGUCUAUUCAAUGAACUGAAGGCUGAGUAUGGUGAGGAUGUGUCAUUCACUGCAAGUCAUGGGUGGUUUAACCGCUUCAAGGCGCGCAAUAACUUGCAUAACAUGAAGGUAUCUGGUGAGGCGGCGAGUGCAGAUGUUAAGGCAGCUGAGAAAUUCCCAGGAAAACUAGCAGAAAUUAUCCACCAGGGAGGCUACACACCACAACAGAUUUUCAAUGUGGAUGAAACUGGCCUCUACUGGAAAAAGAUGCCUGGCUUCAAAGCUGCAAAGGAUAGACUGACGCUACUGCUUGGGGGUAAUGCUAGUGGUGAUUUAAAAUUAAAGCCCCUACUGGUGUACACCUCGGAAAACCCACGAGCCCUGAAAAACAUUGCCAAGGCAUCUCUUCCAGUUGUGUGGAAGAGUAACUCUAAAGCUUGGGUCACACAGGCGAUUUUUCAGGAGUGGUUUUAUAAUCAAUUUAUCCCUGAGGUGGAGAAGUAUUGUCGGAGCAACUCCAUUCCAUGGAUAACGCCCCUGGCCACCCACCUUACCUAGAUGACUUUCACCCUAAUGUCAAGGUUGUCUACCUGCCACCCAACACAACCUCCAUUAUACAACCUAUGAACCAGGGAGUCAUCGCAACUUUAAAAAAAUACUAUCUAAGGCGCACUUUCUGCCAGGCACUGAAGGCAACAGACGAGAAUGAUAUGACUCUGAGCGAAUUUUGGAAGUCAUAUAACAUCUACAAUACCAUAAAAAACAUUAAUACCUCCUGGUGGGAAGUUACAACCACCUGUAUGAAUGCCGUAUGGAAAAAGCUCUGCCCUCAGGUUGUUCAUGAUUUCUCUGGGUUUGAAAAUAUUCAUGAGGAGCAGGAGGGGGUUCUUGACAAUUUAAUCUCCAUGAGUGAGAAACUGGAGCUAGAGCUGGAGGAGCAGGACUUCACAGAGUUCUUUGAUGACAAUGACAAGGAGCUAUCUAAUGAUGAACUACGAGAAUUGGAGAAGCAGAGGAAGGAGGAAGAAGUGGAAAUGCCACCAAAACAUUUCCAAACUAAAAAGAUGGCAGAAGCUUUUGAAUCCAUAGAGGCAGGCAGCCUUGGCAAAUUUUGAAGAACAGGACCCAAAUGAAGAACGACAUGCCAAGGUGUCAGCAGCUGUUCAUGAUGCACUGAAAUGCUACCGCGUCAUAUACGAGAAAAAAAUUAAGGCUGUGAGCCAAUUGUCAUUUCAUCAGUUCUUCAAACGGGUAGAUAAACGUGAGGCAACAGUACCAUCCACUCCUCAGUCAGUGCCAUCUACCCCUGAGCCAGUGCCAUCUUCAUCCUCUACACACACGCCUGACGCUGACAGCGAUGCUGACGACCCCUCCACCAUCUCGUCACCCCCUUCCUCGCCUGCCACUUCCCCCAACAAAUCCAAGUGAACAAGUAUGGUAUGGUGUCAUCCCCCAGUCUAACAGAUAGGCUUCGUGUUGUGUGACGGCCCUGGUUGUGUUUUCCUGCCCAGCUGACCACACACCAUCGUAUCGAUCGGUUCGCCAGCCAGUCACCACUACAAUAUAUUUUUUUUUUAAAUAAAGUAUGUUUUUACAUUAAAAGUUGUAUGAAUCACCAUCAAAUAAUAUUAAAAGCAUUACAUAUUACAGGUACUGUAUAAGGUAUGUCGUACUUAUUGGGAUUUAUGUACAUAUAUUCUUAAUGUAAACAAAACUUUAAAACAAUGGGAAAAAAGGUAAUGGAGACCCCACUUUGGAUAUACGAACAAAUGGAGUUAAGA